AUGGUGACCACUUCAACAAUUGUAGAGGAUUACUCGCAAUCACUUAGUGAUUUGACGUUUAAUUCUCGUCCGAUAAUCGAGAACUUAACCAAUAUUGCGCAAGAGAAUAAAGAUGAAGCUGAAGGAAUACUUGAAGCUGUCAAGGGAAGAAUCAAGAAAGCUAUACCUCAACACAAGUUAUUUGCUCUUUAUUUACUUGAUUCUAUUUGCAAAUAUGUGGGUAAUCCUUAUAAUAUCUUAAUAGAAGAUGAGAUCUUCAAAUUAUACACUGAAGUUUUCACUUUGGUUGAUGAUUUCAGUCGAAAUAAAAUGAUGAACUUGUUUGAAACUUGGAAGCAAACGAAGUUGAAAAAUGGUUCAAAUUUAUUUAGUUCUCUGGAAAUGGAUAAAAUAGCAAAGUUUUUAGCCAAUUAUAAGAAAGCAAGUGCAUUACGAACUCAAGACUCUAAGGUUAAAGAUAUAGAUUCUCAACCACUUUCUAAUCAAGCAUUAAUUAAGCAAAUUGAUGUAUUAAUUCCUAUAUUGCGUAGGAAGAGAAAAGAGUCUCCUGAUGAAGUUAGAUUAUCUGAAAAGUUAAAUGCUUUAGAUGCCUUACGGGCCAUUUUAUCUAGUCAAAAGCUACAAGGGAAUGAACUUCAAGCCAUUCAAGCACAGCUUAGAACGAUCAAACAACAAUACAAUGCCUCUCCUUCUCCAACACCUGCUGUGAUUAAUGUAACGGGAAGUAGUACUCCUGUUUUGUCCAAUAAUAAUGAUAAUAACAAUAAUAAUAUCCAAAGACUAUCACCUAUUAGUGAUGUAAUGGAUCCAGCAAAUGAAUUAUUCAAUAACUUGAUUAACGUGGGAUUAAUAUUUGCGGAUAAGCCUUUGAAAACAGGCUCAGAACUAGUUUAUAAACUUGUGUUUCCUAGAAACAAAUACACCGUCACCAACGAUAUGUCUUACCAAUUGAUAGCUCAACAAUACCCCCAAUUAUCCAACACAACGUUAUAUGAACAAAAGAAGUUUACGGAAUUAGCCAAAAUACAAAGCUCUAUCAAUGACAAUCCACAGAAUUUCUUAAAGACCUAUAACCCGUAUUCGGGUAAGAACAUUAAAUUGUUAGGACUUUUAUAUGGUGCCAAGGGUGCCCCCUGUGCACUUUGUGGGAAACGGUUCUCCUCAGAUCCUGAAGGGAAAAGACUCCAAACUUUACACUUGGACUGGCAUUUCCGGUUGAACAAGAAGUUGGGAAGUAGCGGUAAUACUUCUGGAGCCAACAAUAGUGUAAUUCAAUCUCGGAAUUGGUACUUGAAUGAUUAUGAAUGGGUAGACUUUAGAGACUCAGAGCUAUUGGAGACUUCAACAGACACCAACAAGGGUACGACAAACAAGUCAGGAGGAGAAGCUGAACUACCAGCUGUUCCAGAAAAGAUAUCGUAUGUUGUUGUGGUGGGGGACCUGAGCAACAACUGUAGUAUAUGUCGUGAACAUGUGAAUGCGACUUUCAAUGAUAGUGUUGGGGACUGGUGUUGGAUGAAUUGUAUUCAAGUACCAGGAAGUGACAACCCGCGAAAGAUUGUUCAUGUUUCAUGCUUUAAUGAAGCUAAUAGUAAGAAGAGAAGUGGUGAUCAAGACUCACCAAUUAAGUCGAAACGUGGUAAAUAUUAA